GUAUUGCGGAAUUUGCGGGGCCCCAAAGACGCUUGGCUUUCAGUUGGAGCGAAGCAGUCUCGGUGUGUGGUAACGGCUCGGUGGUUGUAUUAGUUUGUUGUCGAGUGCGUUCGAUUUCGGUGAAGCUUUUCUUUGUUGCCUUUCGAGAUGCCGAUCCUUAGCGGCUGCUGCUUUUGCUUCGACCUGAAGGUCGGAGCGAAGAUCAUCGGCGUCCUGAACCUGAUUGGAGCUUUGAUGAACACCCUCACACUGGCCGGUACGCUGGUCGUGUUUGUGAUCAUGGGACUGGGAACCGAUACUGCGAACAAACUUUCGAAAACCUUCGAAGCAAAAGUAGAUGAUUAUGAAGACGAGUACGUCGAUGUAAGAGAAGAGCAAGGACCAAACGUGAUGGAAAUUUUCCUAGACAAAAUCUCGACAAUCACCAUCUUCUUGUACAUCCUGCUUGCAGUUUGCAUCCUUAUGGUCAUCACUUCAUCUAUGCUUAUUCAUGGAGUGAAAAAUGAUCGUCGAGGUCUACUACUACCUUACGUGUGUCAAGAGGUAUUCAAUGUAAUCAUCUUCUUUGCCUUGUUCAUCUGGAUUCUUGUGACCUUUGGUACAGACAUCAGGGUAGUUGGUACUGCACUAAGCAUGUUAGGAGCAGUAUUGCUUCACAUUUACUUUGCUCUGGUGGUAUUUUCUCAAUAUCAGGCACUUGGUCUAAUCAGAAUGCAUGAGGAGCAUAGUAUGAAGUAGAAAACAAAAUUGAGCCAAAGAUGAAAGGCCCUCACAUACAGCUUCCUGAUAAGAUUAAUUUCUCAUUUUCUUGUGAGUGAGGAAGAUGGAGAUCUCCUUGUGUAAGGUUGAUCACCUAUGAAACUCAAAGUGUGGCCAUGGUAGUCAUUGCUAUAAACGGCUUCUUGUGCAUAAAGAACUGUAUUUGUAACUUUCUCAUUCACCUGUCAGACACUCAAUAGAGCACAUAUUGUUACUUAGUUUCAGUGUUACUUGGUACACCGGCACUACAGUGACUGUACGGAGAGAGUAGAAUUUUCACUUAAUGGGCGAAAUAUCAAGUAUAUUACAAAGAAGGAUUACAAGGGAGGGAAAUGUAAGAGACUAUAUCAGAUAUAAUGAAUCCUUGAUCUUUAAUAGUAUUUGAUGUUUUUGGAAUCAUGAUCUGAGCUCUAGACUGUUUCAGCCUAAUGUCAUGUUUGUGACAUAAUUGUUGAUAACCAUGCUCUCACUCUAUUUUUAAGGAACUACAUAGCAUUUUUAUGUGCCUUGAAACUAUUUUUCUGCAACACAACAGGCAUUUCAAACUAUCAUACGUACUGUGUAAAAAAGAAACUGCAUUCAAGUUUUAGUUUUCUCUUGACAGUACCAGAUAUGUUAAGUGUACUAAGUUGUAUUAGUAAAGUGAAUAGUCCUUAGUAAUACUUUUCAUGAAGUGUAGUACUUUAUUCCCAGUAAAAUGGAAAUAAAACAUGUUUCAUACAUAAGUAAUUUUAAUUUUUUCCAAAACAAUACUUACAAGUGAAAAGUUAAUGUAAAAUGUGCUAAUUGGUUAUUAAGUGAAAUAUGCUAAUUAAGUUGACUAAUUUAAGUAAAACUACUAUUCAUGUAAACUUUACAUGUGGUGCAUGAUUUUUUUCAAGUAUCUCUUAGUUUCUUAACCAUUUAAUGUUUUUGAUUUCUGUACUGAAUUUCCAAAUAAAUGUUUGGUGUUUGAUAAA